GAACAAACUUCGUACUAGUUAAUACAAUAUGGCGUCGUGUUUUUCGUCGUGAGUGGACUGCGAAAAAUGUGUGCAGUAUUUUCAGAGUUUCUACUUGUGAAAGUUGUGCUUUUUUUGUAAAUAAUGAGUUCAUUACAAUAUGUUGUACAUCCUUUGCCCGGAACUGAAGAACAGUUCAACGACAGGCUAAAGGAAGUUGCUGACAGAAUCAAUCGCUUAGGACUCAACUUACACCCAGCUUUGUCAAACCUUCGAGUGGGUAUAAAGAAGAUCUGCAUCAGUUCAGUUUAUAUUGCUUUGCUUCUAGAAGAUGGUCGUAUUUGCAGAGUAUCUUAUAAUAUUCUUUCUGAUAGAUUAGAUUUGAGUAAAAAUGAUUCAAAAAGGUCUUGGUUGUUGCGUAGCACUGGAGGUGCCGGAAAUGGGGGUUCAGGCAAUGGUGGCUCUGGAGGAGGCUCUGGUGGUGGCGCUGGAAAUAAACCUGCAGGAGGGGGCAGAGGUUGCAGGACCCGAGCGAAUUCAAGAUUGAUAACAGGUCAAAGAAGUAAUACAGCUAUAAGAGGUGGCAGUAAUAGUGGUAGUCGAGGUAAUCCAGUCAUUAUAGGAACUUCUACUUCGGGUAGUGGUCGUCCUAUGGUAACAGUACCCGCUCCAUACGUCCCAGAGGAAUUAGUCUCGCAAGCCCAAGUUGUUCUGCAGGGAAAGAGCAGAAAUUUGAUUAUUCGCGAAUUACAGAGAACAAAUCUCGACGUCAAUUUGGCUGUAAACAAUCUUCUAUCUCGUGACGACGAAGAAGGAGAAGAAGGUGACGAUGCCGCUGACUCAUACGUGCCCGAAGAUUUAAUCUCAUUACUUGACGGCGGAUUUCAUUCAGAUCAUUCGGUUAUUAUCGAUGCGGAUGCUAUGUUUUCCGAAGAUAUGUUUGGAUAUGCUGGAAUUAGAAACCGUGGAACCAGUGGACGUAGCGGAAGUCGUUUGCCGGAUAGAGACGUUCCACCAGGAGGUGCCGGAAGUAACAGCUCAGAUAGAGACAGAGAAAAUUUCUCUAGAUGGCGAGAUAGGCAGUACUUCGGUCCACGAAAAUGGUUGGAGUCGGCGUUGAGAGAAAAUCCUUACGAAAAAGACUCCGAUCAAAAGAAAAAGGAGAGUUCUUGCCCAUUGUGGAUAUCAGAUGAUUUAGAAUUUUGGCCGGAGCCGGCACCAAAGUUUAGUCAAAUAGCCACAUUAUAUAGUGAACUGAUAGCACUUUCAACUAACGGACAAUUGUAUCAGUGGAAAUGGAAUGAACAUGAACCUUAUAAACAUCCAGAGAAUCCUAACAUACAUCAUCCAAAAACUAUACCAUUAAGUUUGACCAACGAGAAAGUAGUUCAUUUGUCCGCUUGCUCGACUCGUUGUUCUGUUGCCACUGAAACAGGCAAAGUUGCGACAUGGUUAGAUGAGCUUUUGGCUCCUGCUUCAAACAAAUUAGAACAUGCUGCUCAAGCCUAUAACGAAUUUCAAAGUGAUAAAAUCGUCGCUUUGCAUACAUGCCCAUUGUAUACUGUUGCGAAGCUAGAUAGUGGAGCUUUGUAUUGGUGGGGAGUUUUACCAUUUGUUCAAAGGAAGAGGCUUUGGGAAAAAUAUCGAGCAAAAUGCAGAAAACAAAGGCCUUCUGCAAGUCAAUCGGAAAUUGUAGCCGGUUCUCAAGUUUGCAUGAAGAAUAGUCCGAUGUAUCAACCUGGCGCUGUUGGUUUUACCGUUGCUGCGGGUGUUCCGAAAAUGGGCCAACUUCAAACUGCCGCGUGGACACUAAGUGAUACUUGUACAUUUAAAAUUAUGAAUGUACAAACUCCACACACAACCGAAAAGGUCAACAAAGAAGAGAGAGCAAGUACCAGCUCCUGUGCAUUAUAUGUAAUUAAGAAAGGCUCAUCCAACAAGAGGACGGAUGAAGCCUUAACUGAACCAACUUCCUCCAAAGGCUCUAAUAGUAAAGAAAACACUGAUAGGCUUGAUAUGCCUCCACCCCCGUCUCCAGCUUCAAGCACUUGCAGCGAUACAGGAAGUACCAGUCAUAAACGUCAAAAGAAAUUGGUAGUAACCGUUGCCGAUAUAAAUACCGAUAAUCGCAAAGAUGAGGAGGAAUGGCAUCUCAGAGAUGUCAUUUUCGUGGAGGACGUACGGAGUGUUCCGACUGGGAGGGUACUAAAGGUAGAUGGCGCAUACGCAGCCGUCCGUUUUCCAUCUUCGCACUCCAGGGAGAAAGAUGCCGCUAAAGAUCUGGAUGAUAUUUUUCAGGACUGUCGGCUGAUGCGAAAAGACGAUUUACAGGUAAUCAAAUCAAGCUCAAACUCGAGAGUACCAGACUGUUUCCAAAGGACACCGCGUAGGAUUCAAAUUUCUGAGAACGUAGGUCAAAUAUUAACUAUUGCUGUAGAUGGUCAAGGCAUUCACGCUGUCGUUCGAAAUGGAACCAAACUUAGCUAUGCUAUAUUUAAUAUUAGUAGUGGACGUGUUGAGCAAGAUAAUCCUUUCCCUAGCGAUUCCGCUGCGUUUAUGGGACUCUACCCAUCUUUGAUUAAUCUCACCUGUGCAGGCGAAAGCAACGAUUCAGUGCUAAUUUUACGCGAUGGGAACAACACCAUUUAUCCUUUGGCUAAGGACUGCGCUGAUGCUAUUCGUGACCCGCAAUUCUUAGAUUUACCACCAGUAAAAUGUGUAGCCGCUGGGACGAUGGCCUUAACUGGAACAAGUAUGAAUAUGAAAAAUCAAGUAGCGAUAGUGGUAUUUGCGUUGGAACAGCAACUCCUAAUGCCGAAAAUAUUAAGAUGCGAUACUGAAGGCGUUAGACAGGUGUUAACUCAACUUGACCAGGAUAAUAAAAUGGGGAGUUUUACCAGACCGUCGAUUUUGAAUGAACGAUGCGAUGGGAAUAGAAAUAUUUUUCACGCGGUUAUUAAUAUGUGCACUCCUACCUCUAAUAAAGAUAAUGAUGAUCACUUUAUUCAGGAAGAUCCUAUUCCCACGCAGAGUUGGCCGCCAGAAUCUUUUGAUGUCGCUUCAGGAGACGAAGAUAGUAUAAUGAGCCUAGGAAGUAGCGCAGCGAAUAAAAGCAGCAGUCAUAAUCAUACAAUGUCGGGAAAUGUAUUGGAGCCAUCAGAACGACGUUCUAAUGCCAUGCAAAUUCUCCAUGCAUUGCUUUACGAGUCUUCCACGAUUGAAAGCGAUUUGAUUGAAUUGUUGUGUUCUAAAGAUGCCCAAGGCCAAACUCCAUUUAUGUUAGCUGUCUCGUCGCGAAGCUACCCAGCAGCUUUAGAGAUAUUCGAGAGAAUAACUAAAUUAGGCACACCUCAAGAACGGGAAGAGAUGAUAUUUCCUCAGGGUUCUAAUCCAGAUCAUUCCCCCUUACACGUCUUAUGCUGUAAUGACACAUGUAGUUUUACAUGGACUGGAGCGGAGCACAUCAAUCAAGACAUUUUCGAAUGUCGCACCUGCGGCCUAACAGGCACCCUGUGCUGUUGUACUGAGUGCGCUAGGGUUUGCCACAAAGGCCACGAUUGUAAGCUGAAGAAAACUUCUCCAACAGCUUACUGUGAUUGUUGGGAGAAAUGUAAGUGCAAGGCACUUAUUAUGGGUAAUCAGUCAGUAAGAUUUGAGCUACUUAGCAGGUUAGUCAAAGAGACUAAUUUAGUUUGUUUACCAAAUUCGAGAGGCGAAAGUAUUUUGCUGUUUUUGGUACAAACUGUGGGCAGGCAAAAUCAAGAGCAGAGACAAUUUAGUAAAAGUAGACCAAGGACUAAUUCAAGAAAUAAAACCCCGUCUUCUGACAUAGAAUCCGAUAUGCCAGAACAUGAUUUGGAACCACCUAGAUUCAGUAGAAGGGCGCUGGAAUGUUUACUGUCGGACUGGAAAGCUGUAAAGAGUAUGAUUAUGUCUGGAACAAGAGAUCCCAGCGAUCAACAGUUUGUUGAUCAACCAUAUGUAUCAGGACAGUCUGGAACUACAUUGCUCGACAAAUUCACUCACUGUUUUCUUGUAAAAUGCCAGAUGUCAACUGAUAUUUUAGUAGAAACCUUAAUCAAAGAAAUGAAGAUCUCUGAAAAGAAGCAGGCUGAGUUUGCUAAAUUUGUCGCAAGAAGAUUUGUUAGAUCUGUGGUGAGAAUAUUUGUAAUAUUCAGCAUUGAAAUGGCUCCAACUUCGGUUAAGAGGCGGGCUUUGAACAAUCAAAACCAGCCAUUAAUAAAGUGCAAACGCAUCUUUCAAUCUUUGAGUAAACUAGCUAUAGAAGAAUUGUGCGAAACUGCGGAUUCUUUAAUUGCACCAGUCAGAUUGGGCGUAGCUAGACCCACAGCGCCAUUUUCUCUAGCCACUUCCCCAAGCGAAGUUUUAAAUGGAUCUGAAGAGUUAUUUUUGGUUGAUCCUUUGGCUCCUAGCACUUCUAGACAAAAUAGUAACCAGAGUUCUACAGAUUCGUUUUCGUACAUCGGCGAUUCGAUCAGGAGAUCUCAGGCAGCAAGGGAACUUCUGAACAUUGUUGAUCCCGAAGGUAUGGCCAUUGAUAACGACGAUGAUGCUGCCUCUGAGCAUGAAGACAAUCAAGGAGACCGUGAAUUAAGUCUUGUAGGUCAAGCGUCAUUGGCUGAAACUGAAAAUCAAGAUCCACCCACCGAUCAUCAAGAGAGUCGUUUACAGGGAGAAGAUUCAGAUCCAGAACUGGACUUACUUGCCGAAACUGAAUCAGAUAGUGAUGAUAAUCACAGUAAUCAGGAUGCUGCUAGUGCCCAGCGAUCAGUGCAGACUGGAGCUACAGCUGGAAGCGAUACUGGUGGUCUACUACUAUUUCCUGAAGACGAGAGCGGCGAAUCUAGUCAGCAAGAGGAGGAGGAGAGUGAAGCGGGUACAGAUGAACCCGAUAAUGAAGAUUACAUUAAUGACGAACAACUCGAGAGGAGAAGAAGCCGUUACAGCACUGCUACGGGCGGACAGGGGCAGCGCUCCAACUUGGCACCCCAGAACAUGCAGUGGGCUAUCAGAUCGAGAGAGUCCGGCAGAUCGGCCGGAGUGCGUCUGUACGAUUCCAACUUGGUGUUUAUCGAUCCUAGUUCGUUGAGAAGGUCGGCUUCUGGCAACGCUGCGGUGGCCGCUAGUUCCGAACCUAUUACCAUGUCGACAACGGCGAGCUGUUUAGCCAGAGCUUUUGGAAUUGUCGUUCGUCAGAUAGCUGACUUACUUGGAAAUAUAUCAAACAAUAACUCUACAGGAAUACCUCUGUCUGCGUGUAUGGCUGUCUCACCAGAUGACAUUUGCAAUGUUCAGAUAUAUCUUGAAUUUCGCCUCAAACCUACCUGGGAUUGGUUAUUGACAGUAAUGGACGCCACAGAGGCACAAUUGAAAUUUGGAGCUUCAUUGACCAAUUCAUUGGAUGGAACGGGUGGACCUGCUAGUGGAGCCGCCUCUGCUCAGCAUCCAACUGGCAGCUCUGGUUCAGGAGGUGGGCAUCGAUACGUGCCUGCUCCCCCCUUUUUAGCAUCUUUAGCUGCUUUAGUAGGUUCAAGCGGUUCCAGUGUCGUCAGGUCGAAUCAUCGUCAUGCAGUUACUGGUACUACUAGCGGUUCCGUUGGUAGCAGAAUAGUAGGGUUUACUACAAACGUAGAAAGUGGUCGUUCCCGUGCAGACAGAGACGGUACAAAUGCUCACGCUGCAAGACGAGAAUUCCUCUCCUAUUGUUUGUCCUUGAUGAGAGCUCACAAUAGUGAACAUUUGGAUUCAUUGCCAAUUUUAGAUGUUUCAGCCUUAAAGCACGUAGCUUACGUAUUUGACGCUCUUAUUUAUUUUAUGAGAUCAGGAAUGAUUGACCAUAGGGAUGACGACCUAAGAAACCAAAAUAGUAGUCUGCCUUUACCGCCCUGUUAUGAUCAAGAUGAAAACGAAAAUGAGGAAGCGGAAGACGAAAUCGCUCUGGCGAUGGAAACGGAUUCUCUAGAUGAUCAAGAAGUAUCAAACUUAGCCAGUAAUAUGUCUAGUAAUCUUAACAGUUCUUCUCAACAAGGAUUUUAUGGGAAAGGAAGGAAGCACUCUUUCUUUCAGCGAUCAGAAUCUACCCUUUGUUUGGGAUGUCCUCCGCCAGAUCCAUUUGAAACACCAAUGUCAGAAGCACUUCCUCUAGCUGACCAGCCUCACUUGUUACAACCAAAUGCUCGUAGAGAAGACUUGUUUGGUAUUCCUAAGCAACCUGUUACUUUAAAUUCUACUACAGGAAAUUCCGAUAAUCCUUUAGAACAGUUACCCACCAAAUUAAGUUUAUCUACUAGAACUACGGAUUAUGCUAUGGGGCAACCAGCUCAAGCAAAUCAUCCUAUUUCGAGGUCGUUAAAUGUCAUGGGUCCCAAUCCACUGACAUACCCAAGGAAUUACAAUCCAGAAGGCGAUGUGCCUAAAGAAGUACAGAUUCAAACUGAUUUAAGCCAGUCAAGCUCAGCAAGGGAACCCCAGGCCGGUCCCAGUAGUAGUAAUUUGAGCAAAGACGUUAAGAAACGGACCAUGCAGCCAUUUGAAAGUCUGCUGGCAGCUAUCGGUAAUAAAACUAGUGAAGAAGCGAUAAAUGAAAAACCUCAGGAUCUAUCAUCGAAAAGUAGUUCAAGAUCUGUAACACCCGCUCCUGUUGAAACACCUUUAACGUCUAGACCACAAAUAAUAGUGUCGCCUAGAAAAUCCGACUCGUUGGAAUCAAACAGCCAAGAAAUGCCGCAAUUAAAUUCUCUUCCCAUGUUUCAAAAUUCUGAAAGUAUGGAUUCUUGUAGCGCGGUCUGUGGCGACUCCACUAGUUCAGGGUCGUCAAGAAGUCCCAGUAAGAGCGUUAUCGUUAGAGCAGGAUCCUCACAGACUAAUACUAAUGUGACAAAAAGUUGUGAUUCGGGAAUUCUUAUGGAUGUCCAACUUGAAACAUUGGAAAAUCAGGAAAUAUCUGCUAAUGUUACUGUAGUCACAAGCUCGGCACCGCAGGAGCUUUCAAAACCUAGUAUAGGACAGCUUGUCUCGCAUGAUUUGCUCUUAGGUCGAUGGAGGUUAUCUCUAGACCUUUUCGGUCGUGUCUUUAUGGAAGAUGUAGGAUUAGAACCAGGAUCGAUUGUGUCCGAAUUAGGCGGGUUUCCAGUUAAAGAAGCUAAAUUCAGGAGGGAUAUGGAAAAGCUUAGAAACAACCAGCAACGGGAUUUGACACUUUCGAAAAUCGAACGCGACCGAACUCAGCUAUUAUUGCAAACUUUUAAAGAACUCAACACACAAUAUACUAGUUACAACAGAAGAAACUCUUCGUCUCCUCCGUUAGCGGUAAACAGGGUAAAAGUUACAUUUAAAGAUGAACCAGGAGAAGGUAGCGGGGUCGCUCGUAGUUUUUACACUGCAAUUGCCGAAGCUAUUUUGUCCAACGAAAAACUACCAAAUCUGGAACCAGCGCAGGUUGAUAACAAGUACAAUCAGUACAGUGUCCUGCAAAGGUUAGUAAAAUUGAGACAACGAGACAGGGAGGUGCUUCGUCGCUCUCUUCCGUCGAGAGGUUCAGGCCGAAAUCGCGAUCACCAUCGCAGAACGAUGAGCGUGGAUGCUCGUCCGUACGUGCCCGGUGAAAAUCUGCACAACAACACCGAGGCUCCGUCUAUGCCUGACAUAUCGGCAAACGUGGGACAGAGUAACCCAUUGACUAAUGAUCAUCUGACCAGUCACCAGCAGCAGUUGGGUGAUAGAUUGUAUCCGAAAGUUUUCAAUCUUCAUCCUACUUUCGCUGGAAGGAUUACGGGAAUGUUGCUGGAAUUAUCCCCAGCUCAGUUGCUCUUACUUUUGGCCUCAGAAGAGUCUUUAAGGUCGAAGGUGGAGGAAGCGGUUGAAAUGAUUUUAGCGCAUUCUCAAUCUCAUGCUGAUAUGGGCCAAGAUGCACUAUUAGAAUUAGACGUUUUUUCAUUGAACGAAAGAGGUUCGAAAAAAGCCGGCGGUUCCAGGACAACCAGCGCCGAUAAUUCUGUUACAGAAGAGGGCGCUCCCGAGGAAGAGGACAAUGCUCCUCUGUUUUACUGUCCAGGCAAAAGAGGAUUUUAUGCCCCUCGUCAGGGCAAAGCCACAUUCGAGAGAUUAAACGCUUUUAGAAAUGUUGGAAGAUUACUCGGAUUAUGCUUGUUGCAAAAUGAACUCUGUCCCAUCUUUUUGACCAGACAUGUUUUGAAAUCUAUUUUAGGAAGGCCAAUCAAGUUUCAUGAUUUAGCCUUCUUUGAUCCAGUGGUUUAUGAAUCCCUAAGACAGCUGGUAGUAGACGCCGAAACUAAAGAUAGCAACAGUCUAUUUUCGGCCUUAGAUCUGAAUUUCACGAUUGAUUUAGGUCUCGAAGAGGGAGGUGGCACUGUCGAAAUUAUGGCAAAUGGAAAAGACAUUGAAGUAACCUCAUCUAAUGUUUACGAUUAUGUUAGGAAAUAUGCUAAGUAUAGAAUGAUCAAGGUUCAAGAAAAGGCAAUAGAGAGCAUACGAACAGGAGUGUUUGAUGUUUUACCUGAGGGAUCAUUGGAUGGCCUCACAGCUGAAGAUCUAAGACUGUUGCUAAAUGGUGUUGGAGAUAUCAACGUGUCCGUGCUGAUAUCGUACACGUCGUUUAAUGAUGAAUCUGGAGAGAGCAGCGAGAGACUCGUUAAAUUUAAACGGUGGCUGUGGUCCAUUGUGGAAAAAAUGACACAUUUAGAAAGACAGGACUUAGUGUACUUCUGGACGGGUUCACCGGCACUUCCUGCCAGCGAAGACGGUUUUCAGCCAAUGCCUUCGGUAACUAUUCGACCAGCUGAUGAUGCCCACUUGCCAACAGCUAAUACCUGUAUCUCGAGACUUUACAUCCCACUUUACAGUAGCCGAACAGUGCUCAGACAGAAGUUAUUGUUAGCCAUCAAGACCAAGAACUUUGGUUUUGUUUAAACUCGUUAUAUUAUUUUCUUUUGUUGUAAGAUACUUGCAUCUAGAAACUGUUCUAAUAAAAUUUUAAUCGUACUUUAGAUUAAGCGUUUAUUAUGUUUUGAAUGUGAUGUAUAAAUAAGACUCGGAAAAGUGAUAUGUUAAGGUGUAUAUGAGUAAAGGGUCUUUUUAAUCAUUAUUUUCCGUUUUACUAUGUAGUGAAGUCUGAAAAAUAACUAUAGUAAAAUCAUUUCUAAUGUAAAUUAUAGAAUGUAGAUUAUUUUAAAAUUACUUCUCGAAAAGAAACUGCUUACUCUGAAUACAAGAUGAUGGAAUACAC